AUGACAAACAGCCACAUAACAGAAUUACACGCCUCAGAUAAAGAGCGGUAUAGCUUCGAGGUAAAUACACCGCCUUCAACGCUCUCCCGGUAUAGCUCCGUGACCUCCACACUGGCUUCAAAUAGUUUGAACACCGACUAUUCUCGCUUGACCAAAGCUGAAAAAUGGAUAAAACGAAUUAAAACCAGAUCUUCGAUGAUCAUUGAGCUACAACGACAAGCUAGCGAGAUAGUAAACACCGAGGAUACCGACUCGGAGAAAUUAUUUGAGAGGGAAGGCGGGGAAGAAUACAUGGAUGAUGUUAUUGGAAGAGGAAGCACCGAUUUCAGCUCUAUGGAUUCCGAAUUAGUUACCUGGGAUGGACCAGAUGAUCCCGAACACCCGCGAAACUGGGCGGCGCGAAGGAAGUGGAUAGCAACGGUGGUUGUUUCUUCAUACACCUUUGUCUCCCCUUAUUCUUCAUCUGUGAUUUCUCUUGGGGUUUCGUUUAUAGCGGAGGAUUUCCACAUCGAGAGCGCCUUCACCAAGGCUCUUCUCGUAUCUAUCUUUGUACUUGCUUGGGCUAUUGGGCCAAUGGUUCUUGCUCCGCUUUCUGAGAUGUACGGCAGAAGAGUGAUGUUGAACUACUCCAUUUUGGUUCUUCUUGCCUUUAAUUUUGGCUGUGCCUUUGCUCAGAACACCACCCAGAUGCUUGUGUUCAGAUUCUUAGCCGCCGAUGGGGAGACCGUGGCCGGUCGGUUUUAUGUAAACCUAAGCCGUCCUAUAAAGUUGUUGUUAUUCCACCCAAUGGUAUACGGGCUUGGUUCUUUCAUGGCAUUUGUCUAUGGUAUACUAUACUUGACGGUUGUCACUGUUCCCAAUGUCUGGAGCGAUGUAUACGGUUUCGAUAAAGGCACUUCGGGAUUGUUAUUUCUUCCUUUGGCCUUGGGAUACCUUAUGGGGAUUUCCUUCUGGACGUGGGCCUGCGACAAAUACUACUCGCGGUGCGUGGUACGAAAUGGGGGUGUUUCCAAACCCGAAUUCAGGUUGCCGAUGUUGGUUUGCUCCGGGGGUAUCAUUCCACUAGGACUUCUUUGGUUCGGAUGGUCGACCGAAAAACACCUUCAUUGGAUUAUACCAUCCAUAGGUCUAUGGCUUUUUGGGUUUGGUCUUAUUGCUGCAUUUCAAACCAUUCAGAGUUAUUUGAUUCACAUGAAUCCGCUUUUCGCUGCCUCAUCUCUAGGCGCCGCCUCGUUAUUCAGAUCCCUCUUUGGGUUUGGAUUCCCAUUGUUUGCUAAUCAAAUGUUCGCAAGGUUGAACUAUGGGUGGGGCAAUACCUUGUGCGCCAUUGUAGCCUUGGCUUUAGGUGUUCCUUUCCCCUUAUUUGUUGUUGUGUACGGCGAGCAGAUGAGAUUAUGGGCGAAUAGAAGGUUUGAACAGGAUAUCGCCACGAGACGCGAAAGAAAUUUGCAACGAUUGCAAGCUCUAAACGAGAAGGAAGCUCAGUUUGUAAACCAGGAAAAGCAGUAACCAAGUGUGCCACUUGGUUAUCUCCCAACAUUUUUUUUUUUGCGAAAACUAUCCACGCUCUUUUGCUAUAUAUCUAAACUAUUUUACAAUCGGAG